AUGGUCUUACAGGGCGCUUCCGGCUUCCAGGAAAACGUUGGGGCUCUCCUUGGGAGAGCCUUUACCAUCUCGACUGAUAACCAGAUAAAUCGCCUUCGUUUUGGAGACUCUUAUGUUGUAUCCAACGAUGACGGCGAUGAAGCUGACGUUCUGGUUAUGAUGCACCCCCUCUCUGAAUCCGACGGCAUCACUUGUCGGGUCGUUGGAGAGAUGAAACCUUUUUGGACUGAGCCAGAUAUUAAAUUCGCGAAGCCAUCGCGGAUACCUGAAACGGAUGACCCGGUAGCCGACGCCAUGGGAAGGGCCUCCCUAGGCUUAGACUGUUUAGAACCGAUCCUCGGCCAGUUAACGCGAUACAUGGUUCACAGAAACGUGAAAUACGGUUUCUUCUCAACUUACGAACACACCAUAUUCGUGAAACGCGCAGGUCGUGCAAGAUUCGAAAUUACGGACCCCAUUAUAUUCAGCAAUACCAACCCUACGAUUCGUCAAUGUUUCUUUCAUAUGGGUAUACUCGGAGCGAGCGAUGAUUACUUGUAUAUCGAUCGUGACCCCGAGAGAACCCUCCAGGUGUUAAGAUCAGGGAAGUACGAUGGUGAAGAGGGUAAAGAAGAAGAUAUUUCCUCCAGCUCUCGAAACCUUCGCAGGAAGAAGAGAGAUGCCACUGAGGAUGAAGACGAUGACGUUGACGAAGAAAGGAUUGAAGCUGGCCCUAGCAAAAAACCACGGACGAGGGCGGCUACCAUGGGGCCCUCGGAAAUAGGUACCUUAACGACAGACAGGGCCAAUCCUAGAAAGGCUUUUCUUCCCAAGGAGUUGGAGGUCGAGGCUGAAAGCAGCUUCCCUGCAUUUGACUUGAAUAUUAAGACAGCAUUUCGAAAUAACAGGAAGGACCGAUCAGGAAAAACACCUCAGAAUCAAGCCCUGGAGAAGGCGGACUUAGUUACGGAGCCACCGUCCUCUCUGAAAGAACAACCCUCGGAAACAUAUCAAGUUAAAGACGUCACCAUACAUUCAGUUUUCUUCGGUAAGGGUGGGAUAUCCAAGCACCUGUUCCAAAUACAGAAUGCCGUACAGCGGAACCCCGACAAAAAGAAACGGGUCUUCAUUGGACUUUUCAACGGCACCGAAUGUAUUGCCAAGUACUUCCCAGCGGAAGAUGUCGAAAGGUGCUUAUAG